CGAAGGAUGAGACUUGAGUCCUGAUCAAAGAUAGAAACAGUGAAGACACCAACUCUGACAAGAGAAGACCAUCUGACUGGACAUGGACCACAGCAUCUACAUCCUGGUGUUGGUGUCCUUGAACAUUCCAGGGCUCCUGUCUGAAAACAACAGCACUUCAACAGAGUCUAUCCACUUCAGAUUGGUGGGAGGAGCCAGUCGUUGUCAUGGAGACCUGGAGAUGAAACGACAGGAUGGAAAAUGGAAACCAGUGGAUGGGACAUAUUGGUACAGGAAGUUAGGAAACAGAGUUUGUGCAGAACUGGACUGUGGAUCUGCAGUUUCAGUGAGAGAAAGAAUGCAGUUUACAGUUAUAGAUAGUUGGCUGAUCACUUCAGUCUGUGAUGAAUCUGCACUGAGUGACUGUUUUACAUCUGAUACAUUUCUCUCUUCAUCCCUGGAGCUGAGUUGUUCAGUUGGUUCCUGGUCCAUGGCCUUCACAACGUUGACUCGUUUCUCUGGUAUUCCGUAG